UCUUCUUGGAGAAUGUGGUGGCAGAGGGUACACCAACACGGCCAAUCAGAGAGGCUUUAUGCUUUUUGGUCUGUUGAUGUUCUACCACUGCCGUUCUUCUCCGGCUGCCAAUUGAAAGGGAGGAAUUACAACGGGUGCAGUGAACCAUUCUAUCCUCUUGACCUGAGCGUAUAAAUGGAAAUUCUCAUGAUUUUCAGAAAGUGCAUUUCUGUUUCUUGGGAAGAGUCAUUGUAUCUCCUCUGUCUGUUCUUCACUCUCCUUGUCACUCUUCUUACUCUCAACUUUUUCUUCUCCUCCAAUCUUUCUCCUCUUUUCUUCACUCAUCUUCCUUUCCUUCUCUUCACCUUUCCACCUCACUCUUCUACACCCUCCUUGCUUCACUCUUUUUACUCCCUUUAAUGUUUCCUUCUCCUUCCUCUCCAAUCUGUAUUAAUAAAUAGCAUACUAUUAGAUAAAAUACUUUGGUUAACAGAUUCCCAUUGCUUGCCUCAUUUCUGUAUUUUAUCUCAAACAUUGUUUGUAAUAAUAAAUGGGCAGGCCCUGUAAUCAUAUCUUUACCUUUCCUCCUCUGUCUCCUUCACUCUUCUUCCUAUCCAGUCUUCCUCCUGUCUCCUUCACUCUUCUUCCUAUCCAGUCUUCCUCCUCUGUCUCCUUCACUCUUCUUCCUAUCCAGUCUUCCUCCUGUCUCCUUCACUCUUCUUCCUAUCCAGUCUUCCUCCUGUCUCCUUCACUCUUCUUCCUAUCCAGUCUUCCUCCUCUGUCUCCUUCACUCUUCUUCCUAUCCAGUCUUCCUCCUCUGUCUCCUUCACUCUUCUUCCUAUCCAGUCUUCCUCCUCUGUCUCCUUCACUCUUCUUCCUAUCCAGUCUUCCUCCUCCUGUCUCCUUCACUCUUCUUCCUAUCCAGUCUUCCUCCUCUGUCUCCUUCACUCUUCUUCCUAUCCAGUCUUCCUCCUCUGUCUCCUUCACUCUUCUUCCUAUCCAGUCUUCCUCCUCUGUCUCCUUCACUCUUCUUCCUAUCCAGUCUUCCUCCUCUGUCUCCUUCACUCUUCUUCCUAUCCAGUCUUCCUCCUCUGUCUCCUUCACUCUUCUUCCUAUCCAGUCUUCCUCCUCUGUCUCCUUCACUCUUCUUCCUAUCCAGUCUUCCUCCUCUGUCUCCUUCACUCUUCUUCCUAUCCAGUCUUCCUCCUCUGUCUCCUUCACUCUUCUUCCUAUCCAGUCUUCCUCCUCUGUCUCCUUCACUCUUCUUCCUAUCCAGUCUUCCUCCUCUGUCUCCUUCACUCUUCUUCCUAUCCAGUCUUCCUCCUGUCUCCUUCACUCUUCUUCCUAUCCAGUCUUCCUCCUCUGUCUCCUUCACUCUUCUUCCUAUCCAGUCUUCCUCCUCUGUCUCCUUCACUCUUCUUCCUAUCCAGUCUUCCUCCUCUGUCUCCUUCACUCUUCUUCCUAUCCAGUCUUCCUCCUCUGUCUCCUUCACUCUUCUUCCUAUCCAGUCUUCCUCCUCUGUCUCCUUCACUCUUCUUCCUAUCCAGUCUUCCUCCUCUGUCUCCUUCACUCUUCUUCCUAUCCAGUCUUCCUCCUCUGUCUCCUUCACUCUUCUUCCUAUCCAGUCUUCCUCCUCUGUCUCCUUCACUCUUCUUCCUAUCCAGUCUUCCUCCUCUGUCUCCUUCACUCUUCUUCCUAUCCAGUCUUCCUCCUGUCUCCUUCACUCUUCUUCCUAUCCAGUCUUCCUCCUCACCUUCCGCUCCACUGCUAAUGUUAUCCAUGAACAUUUAACUAUAUUUUCACACUACUUAUAAUGCCAAACCAUUGCAAUUGUAAUCUACAAAAAUAUUCUCUGAAUUAAUUGUGCAUUCAUUUAAUACAAUCAUAUUUUCAAAAUAGCCCGUCCACUGCAUGUUUACAUGUGAAUGUUUUUUAACAUAGCUAUAACAGUAGCUAGCUAACGUUAGCUAGCAUAACCUAUUUAAAACCUUAUAGAGCAGAUUAUCUAUCGAUAUAAUAAAUUGUGACAUAACAUCACUAGCUAGUAUCUCAAACGAUUGUAACUUACCUGAUUUGAAAGGACGUUUGUGGUGAUGUUGUGGAUUCACCUGACGCUAGCUUCUGUCCGAGUUUUCCACUUCAGUUUUUUCUAAAACUAUCGCAAGCAAGUAGUUAGUAGAAGAAGACGAAUGAAUGAAGCUGCUAUAGCGAGCAGCCCCCUCUGUUGGCCAAAACAAGCACAACGCGAUUGAGACGUCAACCGGUAGGCUCUGCUACCCGGUCUUUCUUGCCAAGUAAAAUAUUUCACUUUGUGGUCUGUUUUUAACUUCAUGCGUCGAGCAAUCCCGUAUCCGGGAGCGUAAUCAUAGCCUCAAGCUCAUUAGCAUAACGCAACUAUUCAUGAAAAUCGCUAAUUAAAUGAAAUAAAUAUAUUGGCUCACAAGCUUAGCCUUUUGUUAACAACACUGUCAUCUCAGAUUUUCAAAAUAUGCUUUUCAACCAUAGCUACACAAGCAUUUGUGUAAGAGUAUUGAUAGCUAGCAUAGCAUUAAGCCUAGCAUUCAGCAGGAAACAUUUUCACAAAAACAAGAAAAGCAUUCAAAUAAAAUCAUUUACCUUUGAAGAACUUUGGAUGUUUUCAAUGAGGAGACUCUCAGUUAGAUAGCAAAUGUUCAGUUUUUCCAAAAAGAUUAUUUGUGUAGGAGAAAUGCUCCGUUUUGUUCAUCACGUUUGGCUAAGAAAAAAAAACCAAAAUUCAGUCAUUACAACGCCAAACUUUUUUCCAAAUUAACUCCAUAAUAUCGACAAACAUGGCAAACGUUGUUUAGAAUCAAUCCUCAAGGUGUUUUUCACAUAUCUAUUCGAUGAUAAGUCAUGUCUGGUUGAUGUCUGGUCACCCUACUUUAACCAUUACUCCUAACACUUUCAACCCGAUGGCAUAGACACACAUUGCACACCCUUUAGUUUGUCCAUUUUUAUCUCACAUGGUUUUACAUUUAUUUAAAACAUUUAGAAUUUAUAUAGCUCCUUGGUCAUGUGACUUCAAACAAAGUUCAGAAUGUCCACUGACUAUACUUUCAUAUUGCGCACACUGUUUGUUUACUUUCAUCUCGUGCUAUUAGACUUAAAUCUGUAAGCUUUGGAGGCCUUCAUUUUACAUGGGUGUUACAUUUUUGUUGUUUUUAAGUCAACAAAUGUUCCAUCCUCGCAAUAACUAUCUUUCACAUGGACACUGAAAGGAUCCGCAAAUGGCUGUAUGUGGUAUGGAUCAAGGACAGGAGAGGUGUUCGAACAGAGGUGCCUAAAGGAAGGCCUCAUGAAAAACUGUUUCAUAUGCUCUUUUUAAUCACAGUAAUAGGCAGUGAUUUGUCAGUCACAGUGAGCUUGAUAACGUGAAGGAAUCCUUUUCAUAGCAUCACUUUCAUAUACUGUACAUUAAGACAAAUCCUUCUACGUUGAGUAUUAGAACGCAGUUUACAUAACCUGAUAAUGACUUGAUAUUUGAGUGCAUUCACAACAAGCCACCUGCAGACAACUUACAAAAUGCAAUAUUGCAUUUGAGGGUUUGUUUUUCUGAUGAAAAUAGUUAUGAUGCAUGGUCUACUACUUCUAACUGGGAAAAUAAAUUCCUACGUCUUUUGUGGGUAAAAUCCUUUUUCCAAAAUUGAUUUAGGUACAUUUUUGUGAAGAGGUAUGAGGGUUGUGAAAUGGGUCAUUUAAUAUGAAAAUAAUUUAAGGGAUCAAUACAUUUCUAUAUUGCUUCCCCAGUAUCUGCAAGAACCAUCAGGCCAAGUGUUUUUGGUUGACCUUGUUGGACAGAAAGAGAAGGAGGAAUCGGAACACUGCAUUCAAAUUCAGGUCUUAGUUAUUCCAUUGUACUGGAUCUAAUACAUAUUAUCAUUUUACAUACAUUCAUAAGUAUAAUACUUUCUUUAUGACAUACUGUGACAUACUUGGCUGCUGGCUGUCACUUUCAGACAUGCGCAGAGCAGACUUGAACCACAGGGGUUCUCUGUAAAGCGAGAGUAAUCCAAAAAGCACAGACACACCCCUUGACUUUCAAUUGGCACCGUUGACCUGUAUGUAUUCUCUCCUGAUUGGCUCUGUGGCAGUCUGACUAAAGUGCCAGAGGUAUGAAGAGAGACAUCAUCCUUUGUAUUUAAAUAUAUAAAUACACUGCUCAAAAAAUAAAGGGAACACUAAAAUAACACAUCCUAGAUCUGAAUGAAUGAAAUAUUCUUAUUAAAUACUUUAUUCUUUACAUAGUUGAAUGUGCUGACAACAAAAUCAGGCAGCAGAACGUUCUCCACGGCGUCUCCAGACUCUGUCACGUCUGUCACGUGCUCAGUGUGAACCUGCUUUCAUCUGUGAAGAGCACAGGGCGCCAGUGGCGGAUUUGCCAAUCUUGGUGUUCUCUGGCAAAUGCCAAACACCCUGCAUGGUGUUGGGCUGUAAGCACAACCCCCACCUGUGGACAUCGGGCCCUCAUACCACCCUCAUGGAAUCUGUUUCUGACCGUUUGAGCAGACACAUGCACAUUUGUGGCCUGCUGGAGGUCAUUUUGCAGGGCUCUGGCAGUGCUCCUCCUUGCACAAAGGUGGAGGUAGCGGUCCUGCUGCUGGGUUGUUGCCCUCCUACGGCCUCCUCCACGUCUCCUGAUGUACUGGCCUGUCUCCUGGUAGCGCCUCCAUGCUCUGGACACUACGCUGACAGACACAGCGAACCUUCUUGCCACAGCUCGCAUUGAUGUGCCAUCCUGGAUGAGCUGCACUACCUGAGCCACUUGUGUGGGUUGUAGACUCCGUCUCAUGCUACCACUAGAGUGAAAGCACCGCCAGCAUUCAAAACUGACCAAAACAUCAGCCAGGAAGCAUAGGAACUGAGAAGCGGUCUGUGGUCCCUACCUGCAGAACCACUCCUUUAUUGGGGGUGUCUUGCUAAUUGCCUAUAUUUUCCACCUGUUGUCUAUUCUAUUUGCACAACAGCAUGUGCCAUUUAUUGUCAAUCAGUGUUGCUUCCUAAGUGGACAGUUUGAUUUCAUAGAAGUGUGAUUGACUUGGAGUUACAUUGUGUUGUUUAAGUGUUCCCUUUAUUUUAUUGAGCAGUGUAUUACCAAUUACUGUCCAUGAGAAACCUCAACCUUGUGGGUCUAUGGGUGUUUGUGCCAAUAAAGUGCCAACUCAAUUCUACCACUGAUUAGUCUCUCAUGACCCUAUGAACGGGGACACAGGGCAAUAGUUUUUCAUCUAAACCAGCCCUUUUCUACUGGAGUACACUAACCCCUAUUUGGGGCUAUUUUCUUGACACAUAGUAGCAGUUCACCAGAUCAGGCAGUCAAGAAGAUCAAAACGUAGAUUGUUGUAAGGGUGUAUUACAUCCUGUGCUGGCCCCAUUGUCAUAUCCAUUCUGGAUUCUGAGUGGUAAAAUCAUAGCUGAAAAAUGCCUCUAUGUAUGUGUAUACAUUUUCUGUCAAGACAGAACUGCCAAAGGGGGUGGAGUUGCAAUCUACUUCAGAGUUCUGUCAAGCUAUCCAGGUCUGUGCCCAAACAGAUUAAGCUUCUACUUAAAAAAAAAAAAAAAAUCAAUCUCACCCAAAUUAUCAUGGAACCUACCAGGUACAACCCCAAAUCCAUGAACUCGGGCACCCUCAUAGAUAGCAUCCUGACCAACCUGUCCUCUAAAUACACCUCUGCUGUCUUCAACCAGGAUCUCAGCAAACACUGCCUCAUUGCCUGCGUCCAUAAUGGGUCCGCAGUCAAACGACCACCCCUCAUCACUGUCAAAUGCUCCCUAAAACACUCCAGUGAGCAGGCCUUUCUAAUCGAUCUGGCCCAGGUAUCCUGGAAAUAUAUUGACCUCAUUCCGUCAGUAGAGGAUGCCUGGUUAUUCUUUAAAAGUGCUUUCCUCACCAUCUUAAAUCAUCUUAAAUAAGCAUGCCCCAUUCAAAAAAUGUAGAACCAGGAACAGAUAUAGCCCUUGGUUCACUCUAGACCUGAUUGCCCUUGUCCAGCACAAAAACAUCCUGCGGUGUACUGCAUUAGCAUCGAAUAGCCCCCGCGAUAUGCAACUUUUCAGAGAAGUUAGGAACCAAUAUACGCAGGCAGUUAGGAAAGCAAAGGCUAGCUUUUUAAAACAGAAAUUUGCAUCCUGUAGCACAAACUCCAAAAAGUUAGGGGACACUGUAAAGUCCAUGGAGAAUAAGAGCACCUCCUCCCAGCUGCCCACUGCACUGAGUUUCGGAAACACGGUCGCCACCGAUCAAUCUACGAUUAUCGAGAAUUUCAAUAAGCAUUUUUCUACGGCUGGCCUUGCUUUCCACCUGGCUACCACCAUCACUACUCUGGAUUUUUCUGACUUAGAAUAUGUGGACAACUACAAAUACCUAGGUGUCUGGUUAGACUGUAAACUCUCCUUCCAGACACAUAUUAAGCAUCUCCAAUCCAAAAUUAAAUCUAGAAUCGGCUUCCUAUUUCGCAACAAAGCAUCCUUCACUCUUGCUGCCAAACAUACCCUCAUAAAACUGACUAUCCUACCGAUCCUUGACUUCGGCGAUGUCAUUUACAAAAUAGCCUCCAAUACUCCACUCAGCAAAUUGGAUGCAGUCUAUCACAGUGCGAUCUGUUUCGUCACCAAAGCCCCAUAUACUACCCACCACUGCGACCUGUAUGCUCUCGUUGGCUGGCCCUCGCUUCAUAUUCGUCGCCAAACCCACUGGCUCCAGGUCAUCUAGAAGUCCUUGCUAGGUAAAGCCCCGCCUUAUCUCAGCUAACUGAUCACCAUAGCAGCACCCACCUGUAGCAUGUGCUCCAGCAGGUAUAUUUCACUGAUCACCACCAAAGCCAAUUGCACCUGUACGUAGCCCAUCUGUAAAUAGCCCAUCCAACUACCUCAUCCCCAUAUUAUUUAUUUUAUUUAUAUAUUAUUAUUAUUUUGCUCCUUUGCACCACAGUAUCUCUAUUUGCACAUUCAUCUUCUGCACAUCUCACUCAAGUGUUUAUUUGCGAAAUUGUAAUUAUUUCGCCACUACGACCUAUUUAUUGCCUUACCUCCCUAAUCUUAUUCCAUGUGUAACUUUGUGUUGUUGUUUGUGUCACAUGGCUUUGCUUUAUCUUGGCCAGGUCGCAGAUGUAAAUGAGAACUUGUUCUCAACUGGCUUACCUGGUUGAAUAAAGGUGAAAUAAAAAAAUACUGUAUGUGGGAAUGUCUUAUGUCCGUCCUACAUGUAGUGUUGGUACAUGGAAUAUUCCUCAACUAUAUAUAUCAUAAAAUGCUAUUGCAAAUAGAAGUAUUAUGUUCAACAACUGACAUUUUCAGAUAUUAUUUUGACAAACACACUUUGGUGCUUACAAUUCAUUCUCUAUUGUCAUAGAUCUGAUGGGCACUGUCAUCUGGGAUCUUUGUGAUAUGACUUUCUUUAAGCACGUACUGAUGAAACUGUCACGUAAUAUUUUUUUCCUAAAGUCUACAAACGCUCUACAUUUAUUCACUCUGUAAUAGGGUUGGAUCCUAUAUGCUACUUUUAUUAUUGUCCUGUAAAUGGUUCAGUGCCUAUAAUUUAGGCUGUGUGUAGAAUGGGGCAUAAAGAAAAUUACCUCUACUAAUAAAUUACUACUAGAUUAUAGUGAUAAGGAAAACAGCAUACAAGUUUGGCUUGUGUAUUCAUUUGUCUAUAACUAAUCAUAAUUCCAUUAUGUUUACAUAAAAAUAGAAUACUUCAAAAUGAGAAGAUCCUGCCAUGGAAAAGACGACUGGGUGGACAUAAAGUGUAAAGGAGGGGAAAUAACUCCCACCAUGCUGCAGGACACCUUCAGCUGGGGUCUUUAUAAUGCAGAGUUCAACAAAGUCAACAACUGCUUCAUGUGUGCCACUGAUAAAGAACCUGGAUGUGGCCCAAACACUGACUGGG